AACUGCAGGAAUAAUUCCUCAAUGACUCCCUCACACUCUCUCUUUCUCUGGGAUGCAAAUCUGUUUUUUCCUUUUCAUGUCAUCUCUCUCUUUUUUUUUCAUUUUCCGUCACUGCUCCCCCGGGCCACUCCAUGGGAAAAGAAACUUUUCCUGCAGCCCUGAGAGGAAUCCAGCUAUUUUCGGAGAACACGUCACUGCUUUGAGCUGCAGCCCAGAAACUCUCCUUUUUCCAUCAUGCACAGCUCGUUUUUUUCUUCUUCUCUGUACUUGUUGCACAGCCCAGCUCUGUUUACCUUUUUAUGCACAGACACGCUGUUCAGAGAUUCUUCAUUUUCAAAUCAGGAAAGACGAGAAUAUCUCUUGUUUUUUACGCACAAUAAGCUCACACGCCUGCAGCGGGCAGAGUAGAGACAUGACGGAUCCUGCAAGUCGUGCGCAACUUGUGGAGCAGCUCGGCGGCGUGCAGCAGGCUGGUGUGGAAACGUCAGCAGGGUUUCGUGUUGAAGCGGCUGCGGCGUGACAUUGCAGGGACUCUUUGUGUCUCCGUGUGUCAUCUGUGGAGGGAAGGAUGCGUGGAAGGAAGAGGACGAAGCUCUGAGCUACAGGUAUUCAUUCAAAGCAUGAGUGAAAAAUCACCAUUUAGGGUGUUUUUUUGCAUGGAAUUGACAUGUUUUUGCGCAACAUUCUGGAGCUGCGCACGUUUCCAGACGGCUUCAUUCACAAAUGCAUGUUCAUGUGUGCAAACAUAGAGUCAUAUUUCAUCAUAAACAACAACUCCAGUCAUAACCUUGAGCCUGUGCCACGCUGGAGACAACAGGUUCAUUACGCACGACUCUCCGUGUGCAAUCAAAGCCUGAAAAUGCCCCAAUUUCAUCUGGAUUCGAUGAUGUUUGCUGCGUGUAUGCUCUAAAAACACCUGAUCACCUUAAUUAUGAACAUACGCGUGUGCAUGUGUGUGUGUUUUUGUUUCCCCCACAGUGAGAGAGCGUGCACACACACGUCAGCUCGGGGAGGGCAAAGCCUGCUUAAGAUGCAGUGAAUGUGACAGCCGAGACCAGACUACAGCAAGCAGCGCGUGGACGGGGAAAAGGUGAGCGUGGAGGUGGUGGCGGGGGGCACGAAAAUGCCAGAGGAGCAAGCGCACCCGCAGACGUGACGAAGACACACCGAGGAACAAAGGAGGACGGCACGCGGAGACUCUCGGCUGGUUUCCCGAAAAAUACGCGUGGGGGAGGCUGAGGGGGAGCAGAGAGGACUGAGGAGGGACGCGGCGCCCUUGCUGUCUGGGGGAGAAAGAUGACAGUGGUGCCAGCUGAGAACCUGGAUGAGACUGUGGCACUGGCCGCGCUUUCGGCCCAGGAUGUGUACGACCCGGAGCGCGUGGAGAACCAGGAGUGCUGCGAGCGCGUGGUCAUCAACAUCUCCGGGCUGCGCUUCGAGACGCAGCUGAAGACGCUGGCCCAGUUCCCCUGCACACUACUGGGGGACCCGAGGAAGAGGAUGCGCUUCUUCGACCCACUGAGGAACGAGUACUUUUUCGACCGGAAUAGACCAAGCUUUGAUGCCAUCCUCUACUACUACCAGUCCGGGGGGAGGCUCCGGAGACCCGUCAACGUGCCCGUGGACAUCUUCAUGGAGGAGAUUAAAUUCUAUGAACUGGGAGAGGAGGUGAUUGAGAAUUUUAAAGAAGAUGAGGGCUUCAUUAAGGAGGAGGAGCGGCCGCUGCCCGAGAACGAGUUCCAGCGGCAGGUCUGGCUCCUGUUCGAGUACCCGGAGAGCUCCGGACCCGCCAGGGGGAUCGCCAUCGUCUCCGUCCUGGUCAUCCUCAUCUCCAUCGUCAUCUUCUGCUUAGAGACUCUACCUGAGUUCAGAGAGGAAGCCAAACCGAUUGACGAGCAGCUCGCGCUGAACGGAACCACGCGCGCAAAGAAGCCGAACCCCUUCACUGACCCGUUUUUCAUCGUGGAGACGCUCUGCAUCAUCUGGUUCUCCUUCGAGCUACUGGUCCGGUUCCUGGCCUGCCCCAGUAAGCCCGCCUUCUUCAAGAACAUCAUGAACACCAUCGACAUCGUGGCAAUCAUGCCCUACUUCAUCACGCUUGGGCUGGAGCUCGCGGAGCACCAGGGGAACGGACAGCAGGCCAUGUCUCUGGCCAUCCUCAGGGUCAUCCGCCUGGUCCGGGUCUUCCGGAUCUUUAAGCUCUCCAGACACUCAAAGGGUCUGCAGAUCCUCGGGAAGACCCUGCAGGCCAGCAUGAGGGAGCUGGGACUGCUCAUCUUCUUCCUCUUCAUCGGGGUCAUCCUCUUCUCCAGCGCGGUCUACUUCGCGGAGACGGACGACCCGGAGUCCGGCUUCAGCAGCAUCCCGGACGCGUUCUGGUGGGCCGUGGUUUCCAUGACAACCGUGGGUUACGGGGACAUGUGCCCGGUCACCAUCGGCGGGAAGAUCGUUGGCUCUCUGUGCGCCAUCGCCGGAGUGUUAACCAUCGCGCUCCCGGUGCCCGUCAUCGUCUCCAACUUUAACUACUUCUACCACCGGGAGACCGAGCACGAGGAGCAGUUCCAGUACACGCACGUGACAUGCGGACAGCAGCAACCGACGUUUGGGGAGUUCAAGAAGAGCGACAGCAAACCGAGUCUGUCCAAGUCCGAGUACCUGGGCAGCGAGGACGCGGACUCCAUCAAGUACACCAACUGCAGCCCGCACAAAGCCUACACCGGGAAGCUCACCGACGUCUGAGGGGACCUAUUACGCAUCAGUGGCGCACGCUGAGGGGGGUCUCUCAGCGCCGCAUCUCCUGCUCUGCUUUGAGCUCCUUAUUUCUUGCCAUCACAGGGAUUCAUUUCAGUUACACAGAGGAUGGAUUAUCUCAGACUUCACCGUUUCUCCACCUGAAACUGUCUUCCAUUACGCGCGUCAUGAGCAGGGAGAGCUCUGAAGGAUCAGCCUGUAGCCAGCUGUAGCACUUUAUUAUUCGUAUCAUUGAUGCUUCUCGUAGUAAAAGCCUAAUUUAUUACCCAAAUGAUGCAGGUUCAAAGUUUACAUUUCCUUUCUGAGACGCAACAGGACCAAUCUGAUCUAAAUUUACGCUCUGAUCCAGGAGGCACAUGGAGGCUGUUUUUGUUUUGGUCCCACACUUACACACACUCAAACACACACACCUGUUAUUUCACCCUCAUGUACUUUCCACUCAGGCUCAGAUGAUGUACACCAAAAUUAACCCGCUUUGAUGCCAGGUUUUAUUUUAACCCUCCGGCUGCAGCACAAACAGCCUGCCAGACAAAAAUCAGGGCACGUGCUGCUGGUUUCUGACGUGCAGGUUUAAACGUUCAAACUCCAGGAGGUGAAAUCCUCCUCAGCAGCCUGCAUGCAGAAAUGUUAUGAAAUACGAGGCAGCUUUUCCCAAGCCAAGAGCGCCCCCGUGAGGAUGAAGUGAAGCUCUGCAUCUCUCUUCUUGUGAUGCAGUUUCUAUAGCAACCUUCCAGACUUUUCUGUAUUGUCUGCCACAGGAGGGGAAAAGGAAGCUGGAGCUGAGGAGAAGUGGCUAGAAAACCACCAUGUUGUGGAAGCCUCCAUGUUGUUUGAGUCAGUCUGACUCUGUUCAGACUUUAAAUCUGAUUGAAUUUAACAAAUAUGAGGCUGAUGUUUGACCUCUGGUCCAUGCACCUUAGUCCCGUGGAGAGUACUAUCCAUUUGAGGGGUCCAAACUAAACUUUCACUCACUAUUCUUUGAAUUCUCCUUUAUUCUUGGCAUACAGUGUGUCUCAGAGACCAAAAUUAGAGGUUCAAUUAGUAGAUUCCACCAACUUGGAAACCCCUAAACUGAUUCAGUGAAAGGCAGAAAGCAAAACCUCUCAUUUUUGAGUGGGAAAAGAUCAUAAUUUUAAAUCGGCAAACAUAACUCUGCACAGACACCCUUACUUUGCAAUAUUAUGCACAGAAAGAUAGGACAGAUUUAUUUAUUAUAAUGACAUUACCAGUGCUGCAAGUGAUCUAAAAAUGUUUAAUUAUUCAAACAAAACAAAUUUCCCCAAAAGCAGACUAAGUUGAAAUCAGAUAAACUGAUCAAUAUUUUAACACAUGCACAAAUCAUUUCCAAACAAACUGAUCAGAGUUAAGUCAGGGAAAAGUGAAAAGAAGUUGAGCUGGUGUAUUUGAAGUUUCCGUAAUGAGCCAUUAAAGCACCUCACUCAUCAGGACUCUCCAGGACUUGUCUGGACUCCAGGAGUUGUCAUUCCACCAAACCUCAUGGAAAAAAGUUUGGAUUUAACAAAGUGGGGGAGUUAAAGACUGAGAGGCCUACAUUGUUAUUGUCCUGUUUAUUGGAUUAUAAACUGAUGGACUGAUGGAAUUAAACUGCUGAGUCAUCGACACACAGACCAACAGAUGGACGAUGACUAAUGGAUUCAGACCACUGCAGGCCCGCACGCACAGAGAGGUGAGUCCAACCUGCACCACCAUAAUCUUCAAACUGCUAAUCCUAACUCUUAUUAAAAUGUUUUUGACUUUUAAGUCUCUUUCAAUCCACUUAUCGAAUUCCUGUUCGUGCAAAACUGUUUUUAGGUCACAUUAUUUUCAUUAGCUACUUCAGUUCCCUCCUUUUGCUCCAUUUAUCAGCGACACAGAGCUGCAAUCACAUAAUAGUCACAGCAGAAGCAGGUCACCGUCCUUUAUACUAUUAAUAUGCAUAAUCUCUUCCAAGCAUGCAUUAUUUUUUAUUGAUGUGCACACCCAAAUUUAACCAAAUAAUGUUACUUUUGCAUCUCAAAGUGUUCCUUUGUUUUGCAUAAGUUGUUAAGGAAAGUGAAAUUUCAUAUAAACUGGAGAAAUCAUGAGCAAAUUGCUAUUUUAUUUUUAUUACACAUGAAAUGACUAUACAAAACAUUGUGCAAUAACAGGAGCCAGGAUAAAACAGACUUGUAAGUGAAAUUCAACAGCAACAAAACAUGAAGUUUAAUGAUAAUAAAAGGCCAAAAACCUUUAAAGGCCCAUUGAUAGUUCCUCACUAGCAAGAAACAUUUAACAAGACAUAACCAUGUCCCAAACUAUCAGAAUAUUUCAACUGGAGUUUAAUUGUUUUGAGUUAUUGCAAAAAUCAUCUAAUAUUUUGAGAUGCAUAGUAAUUGCAAUUUUCCUGCACCUUUGUAUGAGACUUACUGGGAUUCUCAUGGAUAUUAGCAAACAUAUUUCCGUGCAAACAUGUCUCCCGUGCAAUAUCCCUCUGUGAUAUUUCAUCCUGCCCAAGCCAUAAAACAUCACAUGCUUUGUGCAAAAUGAGGGUAAAUUUUUCUAACUAAACAGUAUAACCCAAAAAUCAGGAAAAAUUGUACAUUUUGUGCAGUAUCUAAAAGUUUGAUGAUCAUUUCUUUGAUCCUUUUUAUUGCCCUGUUUACCUUUCCUUUUUUAUUGAUCACUUUUAUUCCUGGAUAUACUCAUAUCUUUUUGUGAGCUGCUGUAUCGAUUGAAUUUCCCAUCAAGUCUUAAAAAUAUUAAAUUUUCUGCAAAAAUGGGUGAGAUAGUUUAAAUCAAAGCUGCAUGUGGCUGUUAGUGUCCACUAGGGGGCAGUAAAAGACGCCUUAAACAGUGCAUUGAUGACUUAUCAGCUUGUUUUGAUCAGAAGUCCAACAUUUGUUGUUUUUAUUUGUUCCUAAUUUUGGUCUCCACAGAUUUUCUCAUCUAAAAGAGAUCUGCAGAGUUCAGCUUUGAUGAUAAGUCAAGUGUGUGGAGACAAGUUCUGCAAAUACUCUUCAUUUUGUUGGAUUGAGACUGUUUAGAUGUAGAGUAAACGUCAUAGAGUAAUACUAUUAUAUUACUAUACUACAUUUGAAGCAGAGAGCUUUCAUUACUGAUGGGUUCAGUUAAGGCUGCAGUCUCCUAACGUCAGUUCUUUUGAAAAGUCUCUGAGAUUAAACUGAUGCACAAUGACCUUGAAGCCUUUUGAGGCCUCUUAAAGCCUUUUGCACCUGCGCUUUGGUGCUUUGACACCUUCAGUUUAAAGAUUGUCUCUGCAGAAAUUCGUUGCACAAAUGAUCUCAAGAUUAAAAGAAACUUACGACUCUUAAAUCACAAGACCUAAAUCAAAAUUUCUAGCUUUUUUUCUUUUAGUGCAGACAGUGUUUAUUAGAGAGUGUUAGAAAUGUAAAUGCUGUUCACAAAAAUGCAAAAAUUUUGUUGAUGGAAUAGUUGAUACAAUAGCUAAUACUGAAGUUAAAUACUCUGUUUCUUUUGAUAAAUGUGAAUUUUCUCCGACGGCAUUUAACACACACUCUCUAAAGCUUCACUGACACUAAGACACCACUAUCCCCUCUGUAGCUGUUAAAACCACAUUACUUUAACCUGUAAGUGCUGCUGACAGGUUUGUCUGACUACGUUUUAGCGCUGCAGUACAGCUGUGAGCCUGCAGGGGGGAGCAGCUGCCGCAGAAAGUCCGCUCUGUGCAGCUGUGAGGAGACAGCACAGCUGGAUCGGUUCAGUCCGCUGCCUCACAGAUACAGGACAUCCUCUCUGCUGCAGCUUCACUCACAGUUUACAUUCACAUUAAUUAUCUUUACUGAUAAAGAAAGUGGACAAAAGUAAACGGACGCCCUGAAUACUCUUUUUUUAUGGUAUUAACCUUCAAGAGGAGCUGGUUUCUUUUUUAGCUUUAGGUGUUUUGAUUAAAAUAUGUUUUGGUUUAGCUUGUUUGGAUGAAAGCUUUCAGUCAACUCUGGUUUGACUGACUGAACUUCUUUGUCCUUUUGGUCUUCUUCCAAACAGAGAAGUGAGAUUAAACUGGCGCUGUUCAUCUUGGUUUGCUUGGUUGUGCCCCAGCUUUUUAACUAGUUUUACAGGUCGGCUACAGGACUAAACACAGAGAUGGAGUCUCUUCGUAGAGUCACGUCACUUUCAAAGAACCCUAAAAGUAAUUUGCAAAAACCUUUUCACACAGAUAUUAAGAAAGUCUACCAUUUACUCUCCCUCUUUCCUCCCUCUCUGAGUUCUUUGCUCCUCUUUUGUGUCUCAGCUCUUCUAACUUCCCUCACAGCAGCUGCUCAGACUCUCACUAACAAUGACUGACACAGGUGAUUCAAUUCACCUCAUUAAGCUUCUCAUGGGGCUCCACUUUGUAUCUCUCACAGCUUGACCAACCUGUGCUCACUCAGCUGCUGGUUUAAAAGUCCUGCAGCAGCAUUUAGAGCUUCCUCAGUCCUGGAUCUGAUGGUUAAGUGGUGAAAUGCCUUUAGUCUAGUGGUGCAUUAAACCGGGCUUGAAGUUAGGUCUUUUUUGGAGGGUGGUUGGUGUGUCUGGUGGCUAAAAUAUAUCUGAUUAGUGCUGAAGAGUCUGAUAAUGGCAGAUGAAUGAGAUGUGGUGAUUUUAGAGAGUUGGAGUAGCUGAAAAGUUAGGUGGUGUAUCUGGAGGCGGGUUGGUAUGUGACUGUAGGCUCUGGGACAGUUAGUGUAUCCGGAGUCUGGUUGUUGAGGACAGUCAGCUGUGUCCGUUUGUUAGUUUGUGUCCCCGGCUCCAGCAGAGGGUGAAGGUGAUGUUGGGAAAAUUAAAAUCCUGUUUGCAUGGAGCUCAGGCCGCUCCUCUUCCUCCUCCACCUCACAUCCACCACGUCCAGUUACGUAACGCAGCAGCUCAUGUCAGCCUGAGAGAGGAGACAUGACAGCUCCAACAGCAUCCUGCUAAGUGACUGCAUCCCCGCUCUGAGGCUUUUUGGUCCAAAUCUCCUCCCAUGUAGUCCCCCACCUCCCUCCCUCCUGUCCUGUGUGUCCUCUCUGAACAUAUGCGGGCGGUGCAGGCGGAGGUAAACAGGUUUCCCCUUGGAUGACACUGCUGCUGUUGACGGGGCAGAGUUACACUCUGACAGCUAUUGUUAGCGUCUUUGUCAGCGCUGAGGGAAUCUGUCCUGAAGCCCAGAGUGGCCUGCAGUGAGUUACAUCAACCCCCCACCUAACAUGCACCCAACCCACUCCUUUUUCCACUUCAUGACAGACAAACAGGCUGCGACCGAAAGCAGAAGAGUGGAGGUAAAGAUGGAGGACACUGCAGAGAGAGGCGGCAGAGUUAGCGGAGGAAAUCCUGGAAGUAAGAAGGAGUUUGAGUCGACUUAAAACAAUCACCUCCAUCAAGUUCUCAGAGCUCUAAACGGUUCUAUCAAAAUCCUCAAAUUUAAACCAGGUCCUUUGCUUGCUUUUUCCGCCAAAGACAAUCCGUCAGUUAAAUUUUAAAGGUGAUAUUCGUCUGUAUUCACAAUCUUUAAAUAAAUUAGUUGUCUCUGCACGACGACUCAUUCAUAAAUACAUGAGAAAAAGCUCCCAUCGAUUCGGAGUACACUCGUGUGAAAUCAAUGAUUAUUUUUAACCCCUCUGUUUGAAUCUCAGCCUGUCAGUUCAGCUCCAUGUGAGCGGCCGAUGGCGGUCAAAGGUCAGCGUUAUUUAAAGGCUCUGAUGUCACUCUCGCUGGAUGAAUUACAGUCACGAGACCUCCGACAACAACGACGGCUAACUGUCAGUGACAGCAGCUGCCGGGCCGCGGUCGCCAUGGUGACGGGACACACACGUACACACUCUGAUUCCACUGAAGAAGAAGAUGUGGUGUUAACAGCUGUUGAGAUUCAGGAGUAUUAAUUUAGUUUAAGUGAUCGAAGCUUAGUUUAGACGAUGCAAUGACCAAGUUCCACCUUUUUGGCUCAUAUCAAAUAUUAAUUAAAUAUGUUUAGAGUCUUCUCAUAGCAACAGGGAAUACUUCAUUCUGAUUGGCUGAAAAUUAGAAUUUAGAUUUGAACCUUUUUCCUGGUAAACCUGGAAUUUUAUCAAACUCUCUCUGGACUUUUUGGAAGGUGAUGUUGCUUUUCUGCAAAGGAAGUUUCAAUUGUGUGUUCAAGAUAAUUAGCUGUAACAAUUAGUUUGAAUUAACUUAUUGAAGUAUUACUUUACAUAUAAUAACACCUUUUACCCAAUCACUUUAUUUAGUGUUAAUGCCAACAGACAAGCAGGAAUCAGAGAGGUAUCACUCAUGUAAACAGAUUUAUUUACUGACUAAAAUUAUGCAGAAUCAUACCGGUUUGGACUAGGGCCGACCAAUAUGGAUUUUUUGGGGCCAAUAAUGAAGGAAGACCGACUGAUCAAAUUUGGACCAGAAAAGCGUUUUUCGCCAAUAAAUCUGUCGGGCCCUAGUUUGGACACCUGAGCGUUAGGGUUAAGACUGAUCAGGUAAGGUAAAGUUAAGAUUAGGGCGAAAUGGGCAAAGUGAUGGUUAGAUUGUGGUUAAGUUUAGGCUCAGGUUAAAUCUUAAAGAACCGCACAUCUGGUUUUGGAGAACACCUUUUCAUAAAUGAGAUAGUUGAAGGUUUUAGUUUCAGCAGUUUGUUUGUGACAAAUCAGGUCUGCAGCAAAUAUCAGGAAAUAAAACAUCAUGACUUUGAUUUUAAGCGUUCCCUGAUCUUCCCGUAUUUCCUCUUCCUGGAGAUCCAUCUAUUUGAGGCGGAUACUCCGCAGUUAAAUGUGCAUCCAUGCUUUAAGAGGCCAGCUGAUAGUACCUGAAUCUGCUGCAGUGAAGUGAAGCUCAACAAACAGCAGAGAACAUUUCUUUUUUCCUCUGGAAUUUUAGACAAACCUUCGUGCAGCUCACAGCCACUCUGACGGCUUCUGUUUCUGGUCCAGAUCACCGUCUGCUCACCUGUCUCGCUGCAGCUCAUCACUUCCUGUCUGGAGGUUUUUUGUAGUCUGUGUCUGUGAAGAGCUUCCCACCAGUGUUCAAAACAGGGAUUAAAGUGGGUCAGUGAAGAGAAUGAACCUCCUGAGGCCCCAGAGGGUUUCAUUUCAGAGGGCCUCAGCUGGUAGCAGCACAGAGUCACAGGUAAACAGGGAUGGCUAGUCGUUUGUUCUUUUCUUUCAUGACAUAAUCACCUCUUUUAAGGUAUUCAGACAUGCACAUCUAAGAUAGGACUUUCAAACUUCAUUUCUGCUUCCAAACACAGUGGAAAUACCCUAUUUUUUCCUAAAAGUUUAGUUUUUUUGGUGAUGGUUUGUCUGCAGGAUUGACAAGAAAAAGCAGCAGUUUGUUUUGCACAAAUUAGACAGUUUAAGGAUAACAAAAAAUGACAAAAAGGUGAAUGUGAAUGCAUGCACUAGUUGUGAAAAUGCCCGGAGUGCAGACAUUUCUCACAUCCUGCAGGACAGAUCCAUGUUCCUUGCAGGAUUUCACACGCACACCAUCUGUUUUGCAGGUCUUCUUUGUUUUCCUUUAGUCGUGCAGGUCAAACCGACCCCCCUCGGACGAGCUCGGCGUUGUCUGUCAGUAUCAUUAGCUCUGUCUCUCUUAGCUCUGCACGCCAACAGCUCGCCGCUCUCUGAGCUCAGUCAGGACAGAGUGAACAGGAGGUGAUGGCUGCUGGUUUGUCCCGUCCUUGGCUCUGCUUCCUCAGCAUGUGACUGUAGUGAUGGAGAUGGCCUGGAGUGUGUGAGUGAAUGUGUGUGUGAGUGUGUGUGUCUGUGUGUAGUAGUAGUAUGGUGUGUGCAUGUGCGUGGGUGAGGGACAGAGCAGGACAGAGAAAAGAGGAAUAUAUAGAUCAGGACGUGCGUUUAUGUCAACAUGUAGGUGGUCUUGUGUUACUCGCUUCUACAAACAGAGUCUCAGAUUUAUUGAGUUUAUCACCAGAAGAAAAUAACAACUCAGUCAUGAUAUGUUCUGUUUAUUUAGUUUUCUCCUGGUUUUGGUCAUUUGAGUAUAUUUUCUUUGUGUUUUCCCUCGUGUUCCUGUUCCCCUAUAGUCCUGUUUGUGUCUGACCCUGUUUCCCUCAUGUUCUCAGUGUCUUCAUAUUUUUUCAGUGUUUCCUGUUUUAUUUUGUAGUAGUUUAUUCACUGUGUUUCUAGCAUAGACUGUAUAUAGAAUGGACACUGUCUGCCUCCUCGCUGGGUGAAGCCACCGUGAGAACAGCACCCUCUGGUGACAGGCUGCAGUAAAGGUCAUAAAUCCCACCUCCUCCAGCAAUCCCUAUGGAGCUGUGGACAAACACCUGCUUCUCGUUGCUCGUUUCCCUGCAUGUGUAUAUACAGUCCCUGUCUUCCCCUGUUUGCUUGUUGGUUCAUUGUGUAUGUGUGUGUAUGUCGGGUUCAGUGUAUGCUUAAGUCUCCAUGUGGGUUUUCCCAGUGCCUUUUUGUUUAUUUUGCCUUUGGGAUUUUUGAGUCGAACAUCAUAAGUAAGUUUUUGUUGCGUCUUAUUUUGUUUUUUUUCUAAAUAACCCUCUUUUUUUUGGGUUCUGCAUUUGGGUAGGGUGACCAUACGUCCUCUUUUACCCGGACAUGUCCUCUUUUUGGGGGGCUGUCUGGGCUUGUCCGGCUUUGUCCGGGGAAGUUUAUAAAAUCCUUCAAAUGUCUGCAGUUUUGUACUAGUGAUGGGCACGGCAGUUCUUUUAGAUGCACUGAAUCACUAGAAUCAGUUCACCAAAAAGAUUCACUCAAAAGAUUUGUUCACCGAAUCACUGAAUCAUUCAGCGCUUGGCGGGAGAAGCCUGUGACGCCGACCUCCUGAACUGAUACACAGCUGAACGGUUCAGGAUUCAACUCAUUCAAAUUCAACUUUAUUUUUAUGGCAUUUUCAGACAAAAAUGAAGUUCAAAGUGCCUCACAGAGGCUAAAAACAACAAUAAACAACAAUAAAACCCGACCCUCCCUCCCACCCACACACACACCCACCCACACUCAUCCACAAUUAUUCACACACAAGCGCACUCAGUGUGAGAAUUUAAGAUAUAUUUUAGAAUUUAAGACAUGGCCUGACACCGAGACAUUAUGUGAGGAAAGAGCUACCUUUGGGAAACACUGGAGAUAAAAGAUAAAAAGUUAAAAUGGUAAAAAGAAAGACUAAAACCUGAUGGACUAAAACAAAUAAAUAAUAUUGUAUGAACAGAUAAGUAGGAGCUCUUCACCAAGAAAGUAAAUAGAAGUAAAAAACCUCUAUGACGGGAAUUAAGAAAAAGACUAAAAACAGAGACAAUUAAUAAAAUGACAGAAAAUAAACAUUAAGAACUUCAAUUAAAAUGAAUAUUUGCAAUCAAAUUUGCUAAUCAAAUGUUUUCUUCUUGUUUUCCAGGUGAUGAACCAUGACCCAAACCUCCACCUCCCCUUCCAACUUCUCAUCUGCUUCCUCCAUCAUCCUUCCUCGUCUUCUUUUCCUCCAUCCUUCCAGUGAUCAAACUGAAACAAACUCUGGAUUAAAACUCUGACACUCAUAAAGAAACAUGCAGCUAUGAGACGCCUUUCCAUCACCGAGGACACCCUGACUGAUUUUUUUUGCUUCAGUUGGACUGUGAGGUACGACAAACGCUACUUGAAUCACCCGUUAAACGUAUUUAUGACGCUAAUGGAGUCCUCAGUGUGUUCAUGAGUAGAUGUAAUUGGGAGAUUUCCUCCUCGUGCUGUAGAGAAAAAGAACCUGUAAGUCCUGUCUGUACUCAUGUCUGCAUAUCAUAAUCAAACCAAAACAUAUUACUGCAUGCUUGGAAAUUAGAGCAUGUACAGAGAGGAGAAAGACUUUAAUGUUGACGGCUCAAACUCAGCAAUGCUAAUCUGACACAUGGGAACAACAACAACAACAACAACAGCAGCUCAUCCAUAUAUCGAGUUCAGUUCAGUCGCUGUGGCGGGGUUGGUUUCUAAAUCUCUAUUUUUUAAAGUCAUGCUGUAAAUUUUUUUACGGAGAGGAAUUGGUUAGCCUCUUUAAUUAUUUUGUAGAUUUUUAACAUUUUUGCUAAUAUAUUUGUUUUUUUUUCCACAUGUUUUUUUUGCCUUGGUGGAAACAAAGCAGCUCCAGCGGGAAAACGUCUGCCCGCUAAAAACACUUUAAAGAAAAAAGAGAGAGAAACUGCUCUCCGAGGAGAAAGUUAGAGAAGAAAAUUUACAUUUGAGUUGCGUUCAGACGAUUUGACAUCAGAUUUUUUGUUUUUUUUGAUGAUUUUGAAUGUUUCUGAUUGUGUUUGGGUUUCGAUCAAAAUGCUGUAUAUCUGUUCGAACAUCUACCUCAGUGUCCGCUCAUUUACAACAGAAGCUUUAACACCUGAACGGCGUCGGUGUCCCUCCGUUACUUUUAACGUUUCCAUCAGACCUGGAUCGAAAAGUCUCUAAUUAUCUGGUGCAAUUUUAAGAAACCCAAACGCUCCAUGAACUGCCAUGAAACACAAAGAACAGACUGAAAAAUGCUUAAAGCUAUAGAAAACCAUAAAAUUAUGAAUAUUUAUGAAGCCUAUAUCGGCGUUUUAAUGUAAAAAUCAUUCAGACUGAUUACAGCAAAUAGCUUUGAGCCUGACAUGAUUAAUUUGCACAUUUUAAUAAUUUAUUUUCGAUAUUGUAAGAAAGUGAUUGUGAUUGAGUGACUGUUUUAAAUAUUUCUUUAUUUAAGGGCAAUAAUGUGCUUCAGAGCUUUUCAACCAGUUAAUACAAAGGAGUCUGUCGUCUAUCUUAAAAACUCUCUGCUAAAUCUAAAACUAUUUUAGAUUUUUACAUUUUACAUUUUACUGUCAGCUAGCGAUCUAGGAAGUGUGUACAACCUGUCCUUGGGGAAAAGUUUAAUUCCUGCAAAUUUCAAACAUUAGAAUAAUCCACAUAUUUUUAAAAAUAUGGAUAAUUAUCUCUGUGUGAAUGGUAAAAAUGUUGGUCCAGGAUGUUUUUAGCCUAGCGUAGCACAAAAGCUGGAAAUAAUAGGAAGCUGUCUGUUAUUGAGAGUUACCUGGUGGUAAUUUUGCAGUUCUUUUGGCAAGCAGCAACCUUCCUGAUUUUAGCUCGGUCUCAAUCACAGACUGUAGAAAACAUAAAUGUAGUCCCAUUGACCCCGCCUAUUUGUUUCUGGAGUUUGCAGUCGCCAUUGGAAUGUUGUCUCAACCAAACUUUCAGUUGACCAACCAGAGGCGUGGCUUUAGCCUCCUCACGAGUAGCUACACCUGUCCGCCUUUCAGUCAGUCGUGCCUCAGAUUCUUCUAUUCAGGCCAAAAUUAUGUUUUAUACCAGGCUGUAAACAUGUUUGUUUUUAUUUAUGUGGUUUCUGGUGCUUCAACAGCCAGCCUCAAGUGGACACUUGGGGAACUGCAGUUUUACACACUCUGGCAUCGGCUUCUUUUCUCACUUCAACACUAACAGACUUAGCUCGAGGCUAAAAACAUCUUGGACUGAUCUUUGAGGGUCCAUGUAUUAUCCGUCCAUUCAGUAAUUCCAUUCAAUCUAGAUAACGAAAAACGAAAAAACGAGUCAAUAUUUUGUUUAUUUGUUUUUCUGUAAAACCAAAAAAUAAAAAAUGUGUCUUUUUUCGUAUUUUUUUGGUUACACAGAAAAAACAAAUAAAUAAAAUAUUGACUCUUUUCGUUUUUCGUUUACCAGAUUGAAUGGAAUAAUUGUAUGGACGGAUAAUACACGGACUUUUGAGGUUGAAACUAUCUGAAAAUCUAAAAUCUAUGUCCUUGUCUGACUCUAAAGAUGACAGUAAAUAUCUACCAAAUGUUCCUAAAACGUAUUAUCCUCAUCAUCAGUAAACGUUGGUACUAGUCUGUGAAAGUCCCUCCUCACCAAACCUCUAACAUCAGCUCUGCAGUCUGGCUUCGUUGUAUUUCUGCUUCGCUUAGACAUAAAAAAACAGCCGGGGGUGAUUUCUGUCUGACAGAGUUACUGAUGAGCUGUGACGAGGCAUUAAGUUGUGAUGAUUAAUGUAUUCUGCAAACUGUGCAACAAUAAUAAUACAGUGAAUCCCCUGUGAGCGCAGCAAUGUCGUAUGACUCUGACUUCAGUCAGCCUGGUCAGGUUUCCACUCAGUUAACCAUCACUUCAAACUCACCACACGUAACAUCCAUCGGAGGACAUUUUCAUGCUUCAUUAUCGACUGCAGAGUUCAGUUCAGGCUCGUCCCCUAAUUCUCUCAUUUCAUGCACAAAGAAGUAAAAAGCAAUAGUGUGAGUGAUUUCUGUUCUCUGGGAACUUCAGUGUGGAAGCAUUUCUGAUUUCAUUUUUUUUAUUUCCAAUUAUUGUUGCCAUGAUUAUUUUGACAAUCUUCAAUUGUGAUCUAUUUUUGAUAAAAUAAACCUUUGAUUCUGAUCAGUUUGAAUCUUCAUGUGUUUAAUGAUUGCACAUGCAGAUGUGUCAUUUUCUGUUCUCUUGGUUUUUUGCUGUCCCAUUUCAGCAGGAUGGUGAGGCUGGGUUCGAACCGUGUGUGUGUGAGUCAGUGAGUGUUUGUGUGCUGUUAGGAUGGACCACCAUCACACUGUAAGUUCAUUAUUCACCUUUUGUCCUUCUCCGAACUCUCUUAUUGGCUACAACACAAACUUUAGAUCACCGUCUCUGGGUUGUCCUCUGAGAAAAAUGACAAAUGAUUGCAGGAUCAGCUAGGUUCUCCACUGAAAACGAAAUUACAUAAACUUUUAGGCUUUUCAUUUUCUGAAUUUUCUAUAUAUCAAGUUAUAAUAAUAAUGAUAUUGGUUUUUUAUUUAUAGGCACCUUUUUAAAGCACUCAAGGUCGCCUUACAAGAGAAGGUUUUAUCACCUCUUAAUGAUUGUUUUGGCUCAUCUCAGUAUAUUUCAACUACUCUUUCAAGUAGUUUGAAAGAGUUAAAUAUUCUCUAUGAUGUAGACUUGUUUUAUGGUGUAAGGAAGGCUGUGACAAUAUUGGAUAAAAGAUGAAAAUAAACAAAACAGAAAUCAUCACCACAUUUUUUAAUGGUAAAUAUUGUCACCCUAUUAAAAUAAUGGUCUUGGUUUUUUGACGAAAAUUAGUUUUUGGCCUGAAUCAUCUCUUGAUAAUGCUGGCCAUCUCUGGUAAAAUCGCCUAAAUCAUUUCCAUCAAAAAAUGACUUAGGCCAUUAUUUUAAUAGGAUGACGAUAUAACAAAAACGCCAACAAAAAAUGAAAAACAAUGACUGUUUGUGGUGCUUUUAUUCUGACAUCUGUUACCAUCUUGCAUUAAAGUUUCUUUAUUUUAUAAUUUGCAUAAAUCUGCUUUUAUUUUGAAAUGGCAUGUAUGCUCUUGCAGUACAUGGGAAAUGAAAGAAACCAUUUGAAGGUAUCAAUUCAGUGCAUUUAGCGUCCCCAAAGAGGCAUAUGUGGUUUUAGAUUCACUUUAAAUCUUUAAGCGUCAUUUUUCAUCUUUCAGAAGGCUGUCAGUCGUGCUGCUCAAGUUGCUAGUUGGACCAUAAACAACAAAAUAAAGUCAUAAAGUUUGGCUGCGAAAUCUUUAUCCCCAUUGGUUGGCUGAGUAACCCAAACAAUCAACGACUGCAAUGUCAGCACUGUAGAGAUGGUCAGAACCCUGUCGAUGUAGGUGUACAACCAUCUAGUCAGGUCUAUUGGCCAGACAAGCAACCAAAUUGACCAUUUUUUGAGUGGAGUUUGGUUUGGCCUUUUCAGAUGCAACCUCAGGAUGGCUAAUUCCCACGUUAUUUUUAGUCGAAACGUCCCUAAGAGUAAAAAAGAAAAGAUGUACAGAGCUCCAUUGUGGCGUCUACUUUCACAAAACAAACCCAAACAAACCCAAAGCCCUGUUUUCUUCUGUUAAUCUAAAGUAUUGUGUUGCACAUAUUUCGUCAACAUCCAGUCGGAGUUGGAGGUUGAAUGCCGAAAGUGGUGAUGUGAAAUUCUUAGUAGGUUAAGCCGUGUCUGAACUGUAGAUAGAAAACCAGCAGAGUCACUUUGAAACAUCCUGUCGCCACAGUUAAUCGCCAAUAAGCAAUAAUGCAUGAAUAGUAGAGUAUCAUCAGCGAAGGUGAGUUGUCAGGUUGUUCAUAUCUGUGCAUAAGAAGUUAAUAGUGCCUUAAUCAUAACCUCAUUCUGUUAAUACUCUGUCAAAUGCAUCUGAAGUACAAUAGAAGAAGAAGAAAAUGUGUGUUUAUACUAGCUCUGUAGGAUUGCACUUGACUGGUUGCACGUAGAGAUGUAAUGUAAAAAAAAUGUAUUGAAUGUACAGUAAGUACUCUUCCCGGUUGGUGUUUUGAGAGGAAACUAAAAUAUGAAAAGAAUCUAUAUUUUCUUUUAGACUUUUAUUUUUCAUGUUAAAGUAGUUUUCUCCCCUUUUCUUUAGCAGCUCAGGAGGAAAAACAAAGACUGUGAUUCUCGACUUCUUAUUAUCAAUUUUACAUUUUUGGCUUUCUAUUUAGAGCUCCUCUGUGGAACUUGUGUUGAUUUUGGCACCCCCUGUGGACAAAGUGAUACCUCUUAUUACUAUGAUUUUUUUUUAUUUUUGCCUUUGCCGGUCACAAAAACUUUAUGUUUGAUUUCAGUCUGUUUCAUAACCCAUAAAAAAUCCUCACAGGAGCUUUAAGUUUAGAUACGAUAAAAAAACUAGUAAUAUUGUUGGCAAUACACAAAACUAAGCAAGUUACAGCUCCUGUGAGGAGUUUUUAAGGGUUAUAAAAGGGACUUUAAUGAACAGUGAUACAUCUGUGUAAUUUAUUAAGGCAGAUAAAACCAUUGACAGCAAUACUGACAGUUUCUAUAUCGUAAUUUUAAAACCUGUAACUGCUGUAAGAGGGUAGGUAUGAUGUAGUAACAGUAACUUUUAUAACAGCAAAUAUUCACUGAGUGAUAAAUUAUGCUGUAAAGAAACAACAGGAGUUUUUUUGUAAAUCAACUCAAAAUUCAAAAGAAUAAGACAAAUUCAACAAUGUAAAGAUUAUAACUUUGUCCACAGGGGGCGCCAAAGUCAACACAGACAGAGUUCCUCACGAGCUUUAUAUAAUAGUUGCAAAAGAUUUUAUUUUAGGUCAAGAUAAACUGAAAUUAGAUGAUAUGAACCAAUUUAAACAUAUAUGAUAAUCUAAACAGAGUGAUUCAUGUACAGUAAUUGAUAAAAAAAACAUUUCACAUUUUCUUUUUGGGACAAAAUGUAAGUGGGAAAGUUGAAAAACUGUGCUCAACAUAAAACUAAUUAUUGAAAAAUAAUCCGAACAGCCUAAAAAACAGGUCCCAAGAAGAACAUAAAUUUCUGAAAUUCUUUAAAAUAUAUCAAUUUUAAAACUGUAUAUCAACAAACUUUGACAAUGACAUUUAAUGUUAUUUUUUGGAAAACUAGCACAAACACAUUAUCAUUUUUAACUGGUGUGAAAGGCUGUGAUUGGUCAAUAAAAGAAGUCUGAAAUGAUAUUUAGGUUGAUUUUUUUUCAUCCUCACUUGGAGCGACAUAGUAAACAUUUAUAAAAACAGAGUCAUCAUCUCUUUCCUUUUUAGAGUGCUGUUCAAAUUCAAAGGAGAGGAAGAAGACUGAGAUAAAAAUAGCAGAAAAAAUAACCAUCUUAGACUCUUACCGGCAUGGGUGUAUUAAUGCAAUCUGUCUCCAUGUAUUUGAGGUCAGUGGUGUUUCCAUUCACUGGACUGUGUGUUUGUCUCACUGUGAUUUCCCGCUUCUGCACUGAGUCCUGCAAACAGCCGAAACAAAAGAGGCUUCUCUGCAAACCUCAGCCUGUGUCCUCAGUGUUAAAAAGCUCAAAUAAUACUUUAUUUUUCUUAACUUGAGUGUCUGUGUGUUUCUCUGUCUGACAGGUAUAAAGUUAAACAACAGAAAAAAAAAGAGAACAAGUCCUUCAUAAUGUAAUAUAUGUAUGGCUUGGGAUCGUACACACUGUAUAUGCACAACAGAGUCAUUCUGAUAGUUGUGACUGAGUUAAAUGUGGCCUUUAAUUUCUCUUUAAUGUACUGCAAUGUUGUAAAUUAUUUGUAUAAUAUUACACAAUGUAUAUCAAAGUUGACAAGGCUUUAUGUUUCUACAACUUAUGUUUAAUAAAUAAAUGAACUGUGCUCAACUGUG